AUGUCAACUGCUGCAAUCGAAACGCAGAAGGUCUUGCAGGACUACCACAUCAUGUCUAGAAUGCUACUGAUCCCACCCUUCACAGAGGCCCAAAUGGACGUUACACGACUCCAGGGGCUGUUGCAGGUGUCCAGGAACCCAUCAGAACAAGAGCCUACGACGAACUUCGACCUUGCCGAGCUGUAUGCCGAGCAGCAUGUCUCAUACAGCCCAUAUAAUAAGACAUCGCCAGCCGGCUCCGCUGUUACAGCUCAUAAUUGGUACUCGGCAUAUGUCAACUUCCAUAGCGCCAGCUUUCGCAGGACCGCCGACGAGCCCACCACUCCAAGCUCUCUGGAAGAUACCACUUCAAAGUUGUCCAACCUUGAGCUUUGGAACAAACGGCAAUACCCGCCUGCCCUGGUGCAUGAUCUGGUUCAAGUUUACAUGGACGAGUUUCACACCCUCUGUCCUAUUCUCGACAAGCAUCACUUCCUCGCUACCCUUCGAAACGGCACGGUCUCGUCAACUCUCAUGAGCUGCGUCCUAUUCAUCGCCACUGUGCAUUGCGAUGCUGCCACGAUUACAACACGAAUGGGCUUUGCGGAUCGUGUCGAGGCUUGCGACGCCCACUUCAGUGACGCAUGUGCAGCCUUCGAUGCCGAUCGGGAAAUGCCUCGUCCCACGCUCAUCGUGUGCGCUUUUCUUCUGCACUACUGGUUUGGCAGACCCUCGAUGUAUCGCGACGCUGCAUGGUGGUUGGGAACCGCUAUCAGGACUGCGCAGUCCCUGCGAUACCACCGCACCGAUGGGACAGAAGAUUCGACAGACAACUCGGCCCAAAGACGGGUCUGGUGGUGUCUAUAUAUCCGAGACCGUCAAGUCUCGUUGUCCAUGGGUAGUCCAUUGAUCAUCAAUGAUCUAGACUGCGAUGUGGAGCUUCCCCGACCGCAAGACUUCAACGACGACGAGUCCACAACUGCCCGGUACAUUCGUUUACAGGCUGAACUUAACAGAACCACUUCGUUACUGUUCUAUCGUCACUGCUCACCAACUCGAUUACGUUUGGUGAAAGAUCCAGAGCAUCGGCUGAGAGCUGGUCAUGUUGGAACCGUAUACACCGUCUUAGCCUCCUCCUCAAAGUCUGCCAUGAAUACUAUACCAUCACUCUCCUACAGCGCCUACGAAGACAUUGUGCCGAUCCAAGCCAACGCCUGGCUGUGA